AUGGAAAUUCACGAAUAACCAAUAAUAAAUUUAUUGUCAUUCUUACAUUUGUAGAAUCCGAUUGGUGAUUAUUGUAAGAAUUAAAAUUAAUUUAGUUUUAUGUGCGAAUGUUCCAGAUACAAUAUUGUAUUAGAAUUCGAUUCCGAAGUAAUGGUUUUUCAGUAAAAAAGCUCAGGUGAGAAUGAAAUCAAGAAUGAAAUUAGAUGACAAUUAUAUUCGUUAAUAUUUUUUAGAAUUAAAUCAAGAGAUAGUGGCGAUUUGGAGGACUAAAUUAGAAUUAUAAGUUUUUAAUAAGGAUAGUUUAAUUAAGUUCUUUGAAAAGGAAGAUUAAAAAGAUGGGAUUUUAUAAAGGUUUGUGUAUCCAAAGGGGAAUUAUAAUUAUACUAUAUUAAUUUAAUGGAGUCAAAAUUAAACAUUAUUUGAAAAGUUUGAGAGCAAAUUCAUGAUUAAUGAUAAGACAAUAGAUAUUUAUUAAAGAGCAUUAACUCAUGAAAGAGAUGGAACAUUGGCUUAAUAAAUUAAUAGUAAAUCUUUGACAGAGAGAUUAGAACAUUUUAGUGGAGCAAUUGCUGCUCAUGGUAAUGAUUUAAUGAAAUGGAAAUCUAAGAUUGUUAGAAUGAUAUUGGAAAUAAAAAUAGACAAUUUUGGUUAGAUUUGGCUUACAAAUUGUGUAUUAAUGAAGUGGUCAACAUAAGAAUAAGUGCAUAUGAAAUCUCUUAGUCUUCCUUCAUUUGUUGAAUAAGAAAAGUUAAUACUUAAAUAACAUAAGAAUAUAGUUAAAGAUAGUUAAUGUGAGAUGUGUGAUAAAUUAUUUCACAAGAAUGAUUUAUUGAAGACAUGUAUAAAGAAUAUUAUCGAAAGUUGGAAUUUUGAUCAUAUGGGAGAUAAUGAUAAAUUAUUUGUAACUAAGAAAUAAGAAAUUCUACUUAGAAAGAAAACUAUGGCUGAAAAAUUAGAUGUAAGAUAAGAUGUAGAAUUAAGAUAAGUUAAUUAAAACUAUUUAAUACCUACUUUAAUUAGAAAGAUAUUCCCAAAAUUAAAAUAUUCUUAAUAUAAAGAAUUAUUGGGUAAUCCAGGAUUUGUGGAAAUGGAAUUUAAUGUUUGUUAUAAUUGUCAUAUUCAAAUUGAUAAAGGUGUUAAUGUAUCAUAAGAUCUUAGUAAAUUAGCAAAAUAAGAAAUGUUAUGUCCUGCAACUUAUAGAGGAAUCCAAAAAUUAAGACCUGAAAUUUUGAAGGAACGAUUAAUUGUAUUAUUUGACUUAAUAAUAGACUACAAGAAAAGAGAUAUUAAGGAAAAUAGCUAAUCAUGGUCAUAGGAGUGAGAGAAUUCCUAUAGUUUCUACAAAGACUUUUAAUUAAACAAAUACAAGUAGAAUUAUUGGUAUUUCUCCUAUAAAAAGUAUGAUAACUACAAUAUUACCAAAAUAUUCUGUAAUAACAUUAGAUACUAAAAUUAAUAAGAAUGCUACAACAACAAGAACUCACUCAAGAAGAGCUAGUGAUUUGAAAUGA